AUGGCGUACAACGCCGUCGCUCAGAUCGACCACGAGGUGGCUUCGAACUCUUCCGCUUCUGCAUCACGCAGCCCCUCGCCCGUCGGACAUGCGUUUGAGCAAUUACCACUUGAUACUGAUCACAUUGGAGGAGGAAACCAUCUAGAAACCGCCAAAAUCACCCCAAACCCCAGUUUCGGCCAACUGGGGUCCAUGAUCCGCUCUAUGACUUCGACCAGCUAUGAUGUGGUGGAGGACGAUGAUUAUGACGCCGAUCCUUCCCCCGAAAAGCGAUCCGAUAGCCUCCGCCGCAUUCCUCCACUCAACACGGCUGUCGCGCGACAACAUUCCUCCCCCGAACCGCCACUCCACAGCGCAUGCAGCGAGGUUCCCGUACCUCUCAGCCACCCUAUUCCAGAUUUGCAGUCUAUCCAAGGAGCCUACGUUGGAAAUGUUGAACGAUUGGAACAGAGUGCGGAACAGUUGAGCUCGUGCUCGGCGGACAUUGGGAGCGAGAUUCGUCGCAUGGACCAGGAACAAAAGCAGCGCUCCUGCAGUUCCGCGUCAAAUUCAAUUAUUCUCCGGAAUGGUGCAUUCUCGCCGACGGGUACAAUCUCCUCCGCCCACGGAUCGAAUGUGUCCCCUGCGCGCCUGCGAUCCGUAUCGGGAUCGCGUUUGGCUCAACUCUCGGAGCCGGCCCAUGAUGAAUAUCAGCAAGAAAUCGACGAAAUCCCGGGGCUCCCUAAUUUACCACCGCCACAACCCCUUUUCAAUGCUCAAAGCGACUACUACUACGAUCACUAUGUUCCACAAAAUGUCCCCACGGACGCGGAGUUGGAGCGACGAGCCUCGGUCGCAUCGGGCGAUACCUACCAGCAGGCGCGAACCUUGUUCACUGAUUUCGAUGGCGUUCAUUUUGCACCGUUGGAGCGCGCCGAACCUGGCCGACGACAACAAGUCCCCCUGGAUCGACCGCCGCUUGCCCGCAAUCAGGAAUCAUACAAACAGCCGCAAGCGGGAGAGAACAUGGUGUUCUAUCCCGCGCCUGUCCCCCGCAUGCUGAAUCUUCCCCCCAAACUGUCACACAGAACAAACGUCGACAGAGAGAAGCGUCGCACGCAACUUGCCAGUGCUAUCGCCGCUGAGGAUAGAAAAUCCACCGCAGUCGCUCCCAGCGCUGAGCAACAAAGCCCGAGCAACAGCCAAAAGAAUAACAGCAAAUCCACAGUACCACCGCAUUUGCGCGCAAGUGUGUUCUUUGAUCAGCCGAGCUCAUCGCUUCAAGUUGAAAUUAAACAAAACUCCGCAGUCGCAACACUAGAGAGCAUCUUGGACGCAUCUGCCAAUGCGCCCGUCUCGGCUUUCACUGAUCACCCUUACGCUGGCCAUAUUGGCGCACAAGUCUACAAAUCUAAACGCAAGGCCCUGUCAAAAGACUUGACCGGGAAAACGGCAAACCGUUUUUCGCGAGCCACUAUGGGUCAGCCUCACAGCACCAGCAAUGCGGAAGAACAUGAAAACACUACUACUGUGAACCAUGGACCGGAAGCUGAGCAUGAUAUGAAUAGAGCGCACAGCGAGCACGACGCUGAGCAUGAACAUGGUGAGCCUGGCCAUGAUUCCAGGAGCACUGGGUCAGAGAGCGAUGGGCAGUCCCUCGACGACGAAGAUGAAGAUGAAGAUGAAGACGACGAGGAAGAUGAGGAGUUGGAUUACGUUAGCCCGCCAAAUACGUUACUUGCCGAACUCGAGUUGCGCAAGCAUGAGUUGAAGCACCGACGUCGUACGGCAGUUCCCAUGGCUUACCCAGGGAUGCAGACUACCUUGCUACAGAUGGAUGAAAAAGCCCAGCGACAGAGCGACAAGCGGCGUCAACGACCUGUCGCACUGGCAUGGGAAAACCGGGAGGAAGACGAAGACGUCCCUCUGGGCAUGCUGUACCCUAAUAAAACCAUCGAAAAUCGACCCCUGGGAUUGAUGGAGAAGCGGCAACAGGAGGAAAACGAGACACUGGCCGAGCGCCGAGCUAGGCUUCGGGGCGAACCAAUUCCCCAACCGGACCCACGCCCUAUCACAAUGUAUGCGCGUUCCUCAGAGCCAGCCUCGGAACCAGCUGCUGAGAGCGGAGAUGAAAUUGAGACUCUGGCCGAGCGCCUACAACGAUUGAAGGGACACAACCGCUCAGAAAGCAGGUUCGCCAGCGAGUUAAUGGCUGAAAUUGAUACUCGGGCCGGCAUUGCACCUAAAGAAGCCCAAGAAACCCAAGAAACCAACGAGGAGGAGACACUCGCACAGCGUCGCAGCCGUCUCCAGAAAGAGGCUACGACUGCUCAGCUCGCUCCACCGGCGCAGCCGCGAGUACGAAGAAGUAUGGCUGCACUGACCCAAGGUCGUCCCUCCCAUCUUGCUCGUCAGUCAUCACAUGAUGUCUUGGGUCAGCGGCCUGCUACCAUGUCUCAAUACGGGAAUCGGAUGUCUAUGCAACAAUUUCCCACAAAUCCAGGAUACCCGAUGGCAGCUGGAUACCCGAUGGCACAACAAUAUGGAAACCCAAUGAUGCAGACGUCCGGCUUUGCCAACAACCCUGCGAUGAUGGGCAUGAAUAGUAUCGGAUAUGCCCCUAACAUGCCUCAUCAACCAGUUGCCCAACUUCCACCCGACGUGAUUGACCGAUGGAGGCAGAGCAUCCGUUGA